AUAUCAUCAACAAUGGGGAAGAUUGCAUUCUUUGAGGAUAAGAAGUUCGAAGGCCGACGCCAUGAGUGCAGCACCGACUGUCCCGACCUGCGCUCCUACUUCAGCCGUUGCAACUCCAUAAAGGUGGAGAGUGGCUGCUGGGUGCUGUACGAGCGUCCCAACUACACUGGCAACCAGUACAUCCUGAGCACCGGGGAAUACCGUGAUCCCCAACAGUGGAUGGGAUUCAAUGACAGCAUCAAGUCAUGUCGCUCUAUCAAAAAUGUAUAUGGAAAGUCGUGGAAGAUCAGGUUCUACGAAAAGAAGGAUUUCGCAGGUCAGGCGGCAGAGUGCGCUGAGGAUUGCGCUUCGGUUUACGAGGCCUUCAAGUUCCAGGAAGUCCACUCCUCUGUGGUCACGGAUGGUGCGUGGGUCCUCUACGAGCAGCCCAACUACCACGGACACCAGUACUUCCUGGAACGUGGCGAGUACCACAACUACACAGACUGGGGCGCCACCUCCCCUGCUGUGGGAUCCUUCCGCAGGAUCACAGAAUUCUAGAACAGCAGUGACCAUGCCCCUAAAAGAGUUAUGUGAUUGCUAAAGACACCAAAGUUCUAGAAGCAUUAAGAAAAUCUAGCUCCAGAACAUUGAAUUCUAGGACCCUCACAAGAUUCCAAAGCCCGAAACCAAAAUUCCAAAUACUUCCAGAGUUCUAAAGCCACUGAAGUUUUGGAAUUUUGAGUUAGUUCUAGAUCCCUCAUGAAAUUUAGAGUUCCAGAAGAUUCUAGAACUCUUCAGUCUCCCACCUGCAUCUCCCAUUUGAACAUU